UAAGGAACUAGACGCUGUCAAUGUCAAAAGCCACCCGCGCCGUGGUUGUGCACCGCAUAUAUACUGUAGUUGUAGUGUUUGAGUACUGCUACAUCUUGGAUAUUUCAGAAUUCAUCCAAAAGCACCUCACACCGUGUGACUCACAACCUGUUACUAUAGAUCCAUCCUCCAGGCACAAUGAAUACUUUGCACAAUCCAAAAAUGGUCAACUUGUACAGGACAGCGGGCAACAGUGUGAUGAAAAUUCUUUCUAGUAAUGCAGCCGUUCCAAGUGUGGGACCUGUCAGGUUAUGCAAUUCUGGCAUGGGCCCCUCCAACAGUAAUCGAGGAUUCACUAAGAAAAGGGGAUAUGACAUUACCAGAAAUCCACAUCUCAAUAAGGGCAUGGCUUUUACGUUACAAGAACGCCUGCAACUAGGGAUACAUGGAUUGCUUCCACCUUGCUUUUUGACACAGGAUGUGCAGGUUCUACGUGUAAUGAAGAGUUAUGAGACCAGAUCCAACGAUUUAGAUAAAUACAUUCUUCUAAUGACCCUUCAGGACAGGAAUGAAAAAUUGUUCUACCGUGUCCUUACCUCAGAUAUUGAGGAAUUUAUGCCAAUUGUUUACACACCGACUGUAGGGUUAGCCUGUCAGCAGUAUGGACUGGCAUUCCGAAGACCCAGAGGUCUCUUCAUUACUAUUCAUGAUAAAGGUCAUAUAGCUACAAUGCUGAAUUCAUGGCCAGAGGAUGACAUCAAGGCCAUCGUUGUGACUGAUGGAGAACGUAUUUUGGGCUUGGGAGACCUUGGGAGCUAUGGCAUGGGAAUUCCUGUUGGAAAGUUGGCUCUCUACACAGCAUGUGGAGGGGUCAAUCCCCAGCAGUGUCUUCCUGUAUUGUUAGAUGUCGGUACAGACAAUCAGACACUGUUAAAUGAUCCAUUAUAUAUUGGACUGAAACACAAGAGAGUACGAGGAAAAGAGUAUGAUGAACUGGUGGAUGAAUUUAUGCAAGCAGUAACAGAUAAAUAUGGAAUGAACUGUCUUAUCCAGUUUGAAGAUUUUGCCAAUGCUAAUGCCUUCCGUAUUCUUAAUAAGUACCGCAACAAGUAUUGCACCUUCAAUGAUGAUAUUCAAGGGACCGCAUCUGUAGCAGUUGCUGGUAUACUCGCUGCUUUAAGAAUCACAAAGAACAAACUUUCAGACCACAAGUUUGUCUUUCAAGGAGCCGGUGAGGCAGCAAUGGGAAUAGCUCAUCUAAUCAUUAUGGCCUUGGAGAAGGAAGGCAUUCCACACAGUGAGGCCAUCAAACGAAUCUGGAUGGUUGACUCGAAAGGACUUAUUGUGAAGGGCCGGGGUAAUUUGAACCACGAGAAGGAGCAGUUUGCCCAUGAGCAUCCUCAGGUGAAGACGUUGGAGGAGGCUGUAAACAUCAUAAAACCCUCUGCAAUCAUCGGAGUAGCUGCUGUCAGUGGGGCAUUCACAGAGAAGAUCAUCAAGGAUAUGGCGUCCUUUAAUGAGCGGCCCAUUAUAUUUGCAUUGAGUAACCCAACCAGCAAAUCUGAGUGCACAGCAGAGCAGUGUUACCGGCUGACCGAGGGCCGUGGUAUCUUUGCUAGUGGGAGUCCAUUCAGUAAAGUGACCCUGGCAGAUGGACACACCUUCCACCCAGGUCAGGGAAACAAUGCCUAUGUCUUCCCAGGAGUCGCACUGGGGGUCAUUGCCUGUGGAGUCAGACACAUCUCCGAUGAAAUCUUCCUCACGACAGCUGAGAUUCUUGCCGCAGAAGUAACAGAGCAGCACUUGGCUGAAGGACGACUCUACCCUCCACUUAACACCAUCAGAGAUAUAUCUUUUAAAAUCGCUGUAAAGAUUGUCGACUACGCCUACAACAGAGGAAUUGCUUCCUGGUAUCCUGAGCCUAAAGACAAGGAGGCCUUUGUCCGCUCGCUUGUCUACAGUCCCGACUACGACUCUUUUACUCUGGAUAUGUACAACUGGCCAAAACAAGCCAUGGAAGUUCAAGAUGUUUAGUUGUGUGUAAUCCCUACAGUGUGGCUUCCAUCUCUAUUUACAGCUUUGAUUAUAAACUUUGCUUGAUCUAGAAGAAAAUUGAAUAGAUUUUGGUUUUAAAUUGCUGACAUGUCAUGUAUAACAUGCUUAUUUUAGGAUUGUUUAGUUCUUUCCUUAUGUUAUUUUAUUUUUAUUCCAAUUAGACAUUUUUGUACCUAUUUAUUCUGAUUUUUGAAAUUCUGCAUUCUGUUGUUUUAUAGGCAAAACUAAAGCACUUUUUGCUUGUUAAGAGAAGGAUUAUCGUAUGUACUUUGGAGCUGCAAAAGAGAUCCACAUCACCAAGGUGUCCCAAGAAUUCAGAAAGAUGUUCUAACUGCUGUUGAUUGACAAAAAUUAAAGAGAGGGAAUGACUGAGAUAAAUAUGGUGUUAAACGACUCCGCCAACCCACGGGGAAAUCAAACAGUCAGCUUGUCAGAGCCCGAGCACCUUGGACAUGAUGUGUUUUUCUACGCCCUCCUAAUGCGCACAUAUCUUUAUAUAACGCUAAUUGCCAAACGUUUGCUGCCAUUUAUUUUAGAAAUAUUUAAAUUCCUUUCAUUAUCAUUGAUUUUUGGUUGUUUUUUAGUAAGAAACAGGCUUGCAGGACAUUCAUUUAUAGAAAGUUCCAAAAGCACUGUGAAGAAUGUCAUACAAUGCUUGGGAACACGAGUAAAUUCAAAAGAAUGAAGUCGCUGUGUAUAUAAGGGAAUAAUAAUAUAUAAAGUAAAAAAUAAAUAGUUUACAUGUGUAUAGGUUUUACAACGGGAAAGAAAACAAAAAUGAAACGUACACACUCAGCUCGUGUGGCCCAGCAUUAGAGACUGACUGACUGACUAACUCCACGUCACAUUAAAAUAGAUUGGCAGCAGUUUUAGGCUACUUGAUCACGUACCGUCCUUUCCAUUUUUAAAUGUUGUUUUGGUCUAACGUUUUUAAGCAAUAAAUCCAAGAAAGAGAAGGAAAAGCUGUGUCAUUACCUGCCUUUCUAUGUAUCUGCUGCUCUUACAGAGGUGACAUGUACAAGUGAAACACACAGUAGGGAUUUGGUUUUAUUAUCAAGUGAGAAUGCUGACCUAUGCUUGGCAUGGCUAUAAUCAAAGGAGGCGUUUCAUAAAAAAUAUAAGGCACGUCUCUCUUCUCUCCAAAAUCUCAGGGAUCUUUCCACAUAUGCCUCGUUUCACACACGUCCGAUUGAGGUUCAUGUUAAAUUAGAAAUAGCAUUAGAGGACGUCACAUUAAACGACUUCUACUCAGAGGGGAUGUCUAACUUGAUGACUGUAGUUACUGAUCUCAUUGCCUUUUGAUGUCAUAUUGCGCUACUAGAAAUCGUAGGGCACGACUCUGUGACGGCUUCCCAGCACAGUUUCACUUUUCUGGAAUAUCACAAGCGCUCCAGUGAUGUGCUGCCUGUCAGAGCAAGUGCUUUGCAGGUACAGCGAACUCAGCCAUAAUCCCAGCACUUUUUCUAUUUGUCAUGGUACAUAAAAGACAAGAUGUUAGGCAGAUGAGGCUUUCUUCUGUUUGUGAGACUCCCAAAACCCCUGCGUUCCUUAUUCUUCAUCGCUGCACUGUAUGCAUUACGCUUACAGGCGAGUGCUCAUUGGUUAUCGGCUCUCAUGCACUCAGAGGCUGCCCCUGUCAUUUAAAACAUCAAAAAUGCUUGAUUUUGCUGGAGUGACUUGUGAAUUAGUAUGACUGAAUUGCUGGUUACGUCACCAGCUCACUUUAGAGUAAUUUGUAACGGAAAAUCGCAGGCAAAGUGGUGUCAUGUGGCAGGCUUUAGUGCUACAAAGUGGUCAGUAUGAGUUGUGAAGAAAAGUGAUUACAGUGUUAAAGAAAGAAAGAAAGAUCUUUAAGGGGUUUUGGUUUCAAUCUGUUUAUUGACACAAAUGAAUAAAGCAGACAUCAAAAUGCUUUGCAACUUGUCACUGGCACGCAGAUUUAUUAGAGUGUCAAGUGAACUUGCCGAUUUUCUAUAUGUUUAACCUAAUUUGUAUUUUUACACAGUACAGUAGUUUGUAGUAGUUUGUAGUUUGCAAUGUUGUUGCACUCCAAGACAGAGCUCAGUGAAGAGCGCUAUAUAAAUGUAAGUGGAAUUAAACUGAACUGAAAAACCCAGUAAGGAAAUAAGGUGAGCAAAUCUGAGACACGUGAAAAUGUUUUUUUGCUUGCCCUUUUGGUGUCUUACUUUAUUUUGUUGUGUUUUAGAUGAGAAGUGUAACUUGUGUUUGUUGUAUUUAAGUGUAGCACAUGUUUUAUUACAUUUUAUGCUAAAACCGAAGUUAUUUUGUGAUGGGAGUAACAGCAUCUUGUGUCUUCUGUGAUCCACCUCGGGGCUUAAGUACUGCAGCAGACAUUAACUGACAGAAACCUGCCAAGUGACCCAGCAGCAGCAGCGUUCAUUUUUAAGAACCCAGAUGAGAACUUGUGUGAUCUGACCUGAUAGAGGAGGUUCUGCUGUAGCUAAAAGAGGCGUUUCUAAAAUGCAGAAAGCUAAGUAAGGAAUGGCGUGUUGAGCUCAGCAGGAGUGUGAAGAAUCGCCUUUCAUUCCAUUACUGAGACGGCCUGUUCUUGUGCAGUUCCGAGGUUUCACAGCUUUAAUUUACAUUGCUGCAUUGAUCAUUGAGUUCUAUAGCAUGGAGCUGAUUGGUAAACUUCAAAGGGAUGUACUGUUUAUAAAUCUAAACUUAUUCCAGAUGUGUUUUGCUUGAUAAAUCUGCCUGAGCUGAGCUCAUCUUUAUACACAAGUGGACUCCAUUCAGCUAUUUACGUCAUAUUCUUUAUGGGAUCACUGAUUUUUCACCUUUUUGUUGGUAUUUGAAAGAUCAGUGGAAUUUUGUCCUUGGAGUAAUGACAAUUUAAACCAAUUAAAGUCGCCGGGAUUCUAUUUUGUAACAAUAGGGAGAAGUCCAAAGGGCCCAAGUACUUUUAGUAGUCACUGGGUUCUGUCAAACGUCGCUGGUUUCUUGUUUGAAUUUGAUUGCAUGGGCCUCAACGUUGCAUUUUUGUAUGUUCUUUUAGGAAUCAUCUUGAAUGUCAAUACCAUGUUUUGUUUUCUAUUCUAUUUGUAAUACAGAGACAUCAAGAGGGGUUCUGAUGAAUUUGUAUGACCUCCCUAAUAAAAAUGGCUUUGCAGAGAGCGGG